AUGUUUUCAACGAUCGUCGUUGUGUUUAGCAUCGCGAAACCCCGUUCUGAGAUGACUCAAGAAGAGUUACAAGCUAAAGAACAAGAAGAAUUCAACGUUGGACCUCUGUCGAUCUUGACACAGUCGGUUAAGAACAAUGCACAGGUGAUGAUCAAUUGUCGAAACAAUCGCAAACUGCUCGGUCGUGUCAAGGCGUUCGAUCGACACUGCAAUAUGGUACUUGAGAACGUGAAAGAGAUGUGGACUGAACUACCAAAAACAGGUAAAGGCAAAAAGAAGGCGAAACCAGUGGCUAAGGAUCGUUUCAUAUCGAAAAUGUUUCUGCGUGGUGAUUCGGUGAUACUCGUUCUCAAAAAUCCACUGACUGCCCCAGAAUCCAGCUGA